CCAGUUUAACCCUGCCCACCAGGAGCUAGUGCUUGUGUCUGUUCACUCCCUAUUCUGCUGGUUGCAGUAGCUUCUUUAGCCUUUGUGACACUCGAGGGGUAGAAGCAGUGAGGAACUAGCAUUGGAACUGACUGGUUUUUGGAUCUAGGAAGAGUUAAAUCCUGAGCAGUGUCCCUUUCUGCUGCUGGAGUCUAUUUGAUAGCCACCCUGUUCUCCCCCUCUCCAGAAAGACACCAUGGACACAGAAGGCUCUGAAAGGCCAGCCACUUCUGACCAAGCAACAACAGUGGUGAAAAGUUCAUUGAACAACCAAACAAAUGGGUCGGCCAAACCAGGUCUGAAGCUGCCCAGUGGAAGUCUGCCCAAGGCUGGUAUCAAGGGCAAUAGACAACCAAUCUCCAGUCGCCCAGCUUCCACACCCCACAGAGUGCUCAGUGGCAGUAAAAAGGUCACUGAGCAAAAGCAAAGAGUUUCCUCAGUACAAACCUCACCUGGAUCUUGCAUGUCAUCUCAUGCUAAAAUCAUGGAGAAGAAACUGGAUGCCAAGGUGACAAAGGAACAUGUGAGUGGGGUGCAUGCUGGAAAUGCAAAUGGUGAUUCCAUCUCUGCAAUGGGGAAGGCUGGAGGACCAAGCAAGCGGGGGCUAGCCAUCCCCAAGGCGGCUGCUCAAGGGAAGAAUCCAACUCCACUGCGGCCCAGCUCCACAGUUUCCAAGAGGCCAGUUGCUGCAGUGGCCAAGGUGCCUGUUUCCAGACCAGAGAGACCCCUCCAGAGCAAGUCAGCCAGACCAGAUGCCACUACUUCAAGCCACUUGACCCAGAGUACGGGAGCACUGAGAAGACAGCCAGUACCUGUCAGCACAGGAGGACCAAGGAAACAGCUGCUACUGAGAGAUCCUCGUGACCGAUCCCAUCCAGCUCAGUCAGGUGUCCUGUCAACAAAACCUCAAACAGGAAAACCUAUCACCUCUUUGAACAAAGAUGUUAAGUCUGCCACUUCACUAGCACGUUCCAGCCCUGAACUCAACAAAGUCACCCGAGCAGUGAAGUCAACAAAACCAACGUCUGCAAAACCUUCAGAAGCAGAGGGGAAGACCUUAAAUGCAAGAGCAAAGGGUCAGCUGCCCAAAGUGGCUACUAGAUCCACAGCAAGACCACAGCCAGGUAAUGCCACUUCAAAGAUGCCUGCAGGGAAUAUUCCCAAACAAUCGACUAAACCCUUGAAGAGAAAUGUUGAGAAGCAAUCCCUGCCAAAUAAGACUCUGUCAUCCUCUGCCAGGAAGCCUAUUUCUGAAAACUAUGUUGAUGAGGAAACGAGGGCUGUAGGGCUGGCAGGACCUCUGCCAAAAAUGCCAGCUGAGGUGGAGAGUGCAGUGGUGAAUGAGGAAAUGAGUGCAAUAUUGUCCAGUGAAGAUGUGGCAGUGACUCAGGGGCACCUAAAGAUCGAAGAACUUCCAUCUCCCCAGCGAAUGCAGUCAACCCCUUGCCUUAGCAAUACUGAAAUGAUCGUGAUCUCAGCUGCAGCAAAGAUGGAGGAUGAAGAAGUUGAAACAAGCUCUUGGACGAGAGCAAACGCAGCAGCUGAAGGUCAAAAGGAAGAUUCAACAGAAGCUAUUAUUGACUUGGAUGAAGGAAACAAGGGUCUGAGUGACCAAAUGACAGAAACUGAUUUAAACUUUCCACUCAAUGAGGAACAAAAUCUUGGCACUCCUGAUUCAUUCAAAACCCCUGUCAAAGUGGACUCGAGCAAAACUGAAGCUGAACAGUUUAAUGAUGAGACCUGUACUCCCAUUAAUGAGAGAACUGAUCUGAACAACCUGCAGGUACAGCAUUUACUUGCUGAAUCUGGUUCAACACCUUCAGGAAAGGGCCUGUCUCAGAGCUCAGCUGAGGAUGGCUCCCCAAUGGGAGAUGGAUCAGCCAACAUCAAUGGCAGUGCUGCUCCUGUGCCAAUGCUGCAGGAUCUAGCACCUCAUGCAGGGCCACCUUCAGAGUGUUGUCUUGAUGACAGUUCUCCUGAGAUGGACAGUCCUCUAACUAAUGUAGAGAAAGCAAAGCUUGGCUUGUAUGAAUAUUCUGAAGAGGCAGAUACAGAAGAAUCUCCUAAUGAGCUUUGCCCUGAAACUCUUCAAAGUGAAGACAACCAAGAUCGCCUUUUUGAAUCUCCAAACCUAGUGGAGACCAGACAAACCAGACAGGAGGAGGGUUCUGUCCUGCCAUUGGAGCAGAAGCUGGGAAUUUCAUCAGAGGAGUCACAUGAAGACCAGGGUGUCUCCAAGUCAAGUACACUGAGUGGCCCAGACUUGGCAGGAAAAAGCAGCAGUACCACCAGUACUCCUGAGGAGCUGAAGGACUACGACAGCAGUUCAGGAGUGGAGUCAAAGUCUGAGAAACUAGAAUCUGGGGACAUAUAUGUUCCUCAGACUAUGCUGAGCCCACUAGAUGACCUGGAUCAGGAUUUAGGGAUUCACUUGGAAAGGGUUGAUGAAGAGCCAGAUACAUUUGCAGCAGAUGAUCUACAUGGUGAUCGUUCAACAGAGCCCAUGGUGUCUUCAGAGGAUGAAGACCACUUGGAGGUUGACUGUGAACGAGUGAAUGAGUCUAGCCCAUGUGGUUUGGAAGGAAUCGAUAAUCCAGUAUUUGAGGACAAAACCACAAUGGACUCUAACGUGGAAGCACUGAGCCACGCUGCUUCCUCAGGUUCCUUCAAACACUUGACUCUUCAUGCUGUGGAUGAGAGUGAAGAACUUGCAACAGCUGAGGUUCCUUAUUCCAUUGCUUCUCAAAACUGCAUGCACUUGGCUGUUGGGUCUUCACCAGAAGUUUCCACUUGUGGCCAAAGAGCAGGCCUUGCAAUGGACCAUCAGUCUUGUGGAGCUGAAGUAAGCCCUUCUCUUGAGAACAGUCUUCUUCAGCAUGUGGAAGAUGCUAUUGUUCCUGAAGUGACUUUCUUGCCCAUCAAAGGCAGUGACCUGGCAGAAGCAGAAUUGGAGUCUGAUCAAUCCAAGUCUUGUGACGUUGAGGAACCAGUUGCAAGAUAUCCAAUAGACCACCUUGAUGAGAGUGUGAUUAAUGUGCAGAAGCUGUCCACUCCCACCACUGAUGCAAAUGGCAAUCACAUGCUGCAUCAGCAGCAGUACUAUCCUGCUUGUGAAAAGAAUGAUAGGCUGUUGACAGGCCUCUUGGGCGAUCAAACACCACUACAGCCGCAUGCUGGUGUACCAUGGAUAUCGCCACCCCUACCUCCAAUCCUUUCCACCAUCUAUGAAGUAGAAACAGCAGAGGAGACCAGGUUGGAUGAUGACCUCAAAAAGGAGCAAAUUCAGAAACCGACAGACUGGCAACGUCCUGAACUCAUGGAGGAGCCCAGUGACAGGGUCUUGAUGCUACAGAUUGAACCAGUGAAGGUUGUGCAGCAGCUGAUCAACCAGACGUUGCAGCUGUCUGGAGAUGGUAUGAAGUUACAAAGUAAGGUGACAGUUGACCAGGCAGAGCUGAGCAAGUGGACGGGUCUUAUAUCACCACUAGAUGACUCCACAGCCAGCAUCACAUCUGUCACCAGCUUUUCUCCUGAAGAUAUUUCUUCUUCCCAAGGUGAAUGGACUGUAGUGGAGCUAGAGACUCAUCACUAAUAUUUUCUUCUUGCUUGUACAUUCUAGCCUCAAAAGGUAGUGCUUCUAAGUCAGUUGGUAAAGUUAACAUUUCUUUCUUGAUGGUUUUUUUUCAAAAAGUCCAGACUAGGGGGCCAUGUGCCCUAGUGGGCUUCGUAUGGGUUUAUCCAAGAGCACAAUGGUGGUAUGCUCUAAGUCCUCAACAGUGUUUUCAAAUUCCUACUUCCAGGUCCAAGACAAUGCACUUUUAUGAUGGGAACCAGCCUUGAAGUGCUACUGUCACUACUUUUUGUUAUUGAAUUUCAUGCAUUCAACAGGUUGAGUUUUGCAGUAAAGAGGCUUUUGUCUAGAACUUCAAUCUGACGAGAACUCUUGUUCCCUGAAUUUGAAUGUUUUAUUUGUAUCUCUGCUCCAAAGCUGCCUACAUUUUUAAUGGUAAUCUUCAAUGAUGUCUGUUCCAACUUGAGGGUUAUCUGCUCAACUUGGAUGCAAAUAACUUUUAAAUAUUUGGCUACAGUUUUUAAAGUAUAUCUUCUGACAGGUGACUUUGAACAAGGUGUAAGUUUGCAAUGAAGAUCUAAUUUUGUGUAUCUACUGCAGCUAGAUAGUUCAAGAUUUAGUUUUUUUAAAAACAGCUGUAUUGGGUUCUUGCUAUGUGCCUCGCUUUGUCUAAGUUGCCUCUAAUCAUUGUUUUAUUUCUAAGUGGAAAUGUUACGACCAACCAACCUUGAAUUUUUGAAAAUGGGAAGAAUAAACUCGUUUAAGAUGGAAUUCUAUCAAUUUUUAGGCUUGCUCUUGCAGCCCAAGUUCAGAAUUUUUAUCUGACCUCCUCACCCCCCCCCCCCCAAAAAAAAACAAA